ACUCUACAUCGUCUGGAAAAACCAUUGACGGGUAGUGGCGUUGUCGUCGUUAAAUAUAUUUGUGCGUGACUUAUGGUGUAACAAAAUAACAAAAACUGCAUAAAGUUAAUGUCAAUAAUGAAUAAUGUUAUUCAAAAAAUUAUCUAGUUGAAAUUGUGCUUAUUGCUUCAUCUACAUAUCCAUUGGAAUCUAUUAUAUUAUAUUCUGUAUUCUACAAAAAUAAAAAGAUUCUUUUUAGGAUUUUGUGGAUUUUCUUUUUACGUGAUAAUAAAUAGAAGGGUUUAACUAUCAAUAAGUAAAAUUUUGAGGUUUUCGUUCACAUCACGUUGCCGCUAAAGAACUAAAUCGUAGUGAAACGUUUCCGACUGAUUGUGGUACAUUAUCGACGCCAUGUUGUUAUUUACUCUUUGAUUUUUCACUUUUUUUGUUAUGGGUUUUGAGUGUUGUGGAUAAAUCAGUGUGUGAGCAUGUUGGAAGAUGUUCCCAUACACGGAAGUCGCAGUGAUUCCAAGACCAAACCUCCUACUCACCAAAGAAACCUUAGUUUGGAUUUUAGACAUGUGACGGGCGCGAACGGGCCGCCGGCGGGAUGCGGCCACCAGAGAAACAGAUCUCUGGAUUCUGUUUUACAAAGGAUACCGGAAGAUAUGACACCGACGUCGCCGGACGGUGCACCGCUUCGAAUAUCAUGCGAAGCGCCUGCGCCAAGGCUCGCACUACCACCCGAAGUUCCCACUGGGUCCGAUGACUCUGGCAUUCAUACUCCGCCAGACGGAAAUGACGAAGAAAGACCUCAACCUCCUGCUGCUGCCAGAUCAAGAGAAAGUCUCGAUUCGGGCAAUCCAGAAGAAACAGAGAAACCUCCGGAUCCGCCCGAUACGGUUAGCGAACCACCAGCUUCGACUAGUAGUGCUACUGAAACGGCAAAAAACAAAGACUUUCUUCUGCGACUUUUUGAGAGUAAACUGUUUGAUAUGAGUAUGGCUAUUACGUAUCUUUUCAACUCUAAAGAACCAGGUGUGCAAACCUACCUAGCUAACAAAUUGUUCUCAUUCCCACACGAAGAUGUAGACUUUUACCUCCCACAAUUAGCUACAAUGUACAUUGAAAUGGGAGACGUAGCAGACGUUUUACGACCAUAUUUGGUGUAUCGGUGUAAACAAAGUGCACAGUUUUCCCUUCGAUUAGCGUGGUUAUUAACAGCGUUUAGUGGAGAUGCAAAGAGGUCGAGAGCGACGAAGUUAAAAGACUCUAUUCUAGCGGAGGAAAUCAGGCCGGCUGCACGGAGAGGUCAUCACAGAUCACAAUCUGAUGCCUCUGCGUUGAGGCUAGCUACGCCAUCAGGAAGGCAUUUGGGAGACCUCGCCUCUGGCCGUGCCUUUGAAAACGGUUGUCUCUGCGGCGAGCAAUGUUCAUGCGGGGCGCCAAGGUUAGAGCCUCAAACAAAGUUUCUCACAGCUCUCACGAACAUUGGCCGACAACUUGCCACGGUGGCAGAUAAAGAACGACGGAAUGGCCGUCUUCGAGCCGAGUUGGCCACCUUAGACCUUAAUUUACCAGCUCGAGUCUGGUUACCUCUGCAUCAGAAAUCUCACUACGUCUUGAGAAUACCGUCUCACGCCGCUGCUGUACUCAACAGCAAAGAUAAGGCUCCGUACAUAAUGUACGUUGAAGUGCUGGAGACAGAAGGGCACGAACCUCUCCCGCCCCGCCUGUUGCCGCCCGCCCCUCCCGCGCCGCACUCGCCCCCGAUCAGACAUACAAAGAGCGAAGAGAAUCUCGUGCCGGAGUGGCCGGCGCUCUCGCUCUACUCGGCGCUCGAUGACGUCGACGCAGGCGACUGCUGGAGCCACGACGACGAGGAGCUCAGCACGCAGUACGCCGCUAAACCACCGGCGCCCGAUUGCUUAUCGCAAGUGUCGGCACUGUCGGCGCUGUCGGUGACGUCUGCGCAGUCGACGUCGUCGUGCGGCUCGCGCGAGUCGCUGGCGGUGGGCGCGGGCGAGGUGCGGCGCCGCCUGGCCGACGCCACCGCCGCGCCGCCGCCCAACGCCUUCCGCCACGACCCCGCCGACCCCUCCGCUCUGGCGCUCAAGGAAUCGUGGGAGAGCAAGCUGGCUCGCAUGCGCUCGAUCUCGCCGUACGGCUCGCUGGGCGGCUGGCGGCUGCUGGGCUGCAUCGUGAAGGUGGGCGACGACCUGCGGCAGGAGAUGCUGGCGGCGCAGCUGCUGCGGCGCCUGCAGGCCGUGUGGGAGCUGGAGCGCGUGCCGCUGCGCCUGCGCCCCUACGAGAUCCUGUGCCUCGACCGCGAGAGCGGCCUCAUCCAGCCGGUGCUGAACUCAGUGUCACUACAUCAGAUCAAAAAGCAAUCCGGCAAAUCACUUCGUGCGUGGUUGGAACUCGAGCAUGGGCCGCCCAACAGCGAGGGCUUCCUGCGAGCACAAAAGAACUUCGUCCAAUCUGCCGCCGCAUACGCUCUCACAAGCUACCUCUUACAACUGAAAGACAGACACAAUGGGAACAUUUUAUUGGACAGUGCAGGGCACAUCAUUCACAUAGAUUUUGGAUUUAUUUUCUCCAUAUCACCGAAAAACUUAGGUUUUGAAAGUUCUCCCUUUAAGCUGACAAGCGAGUUUGUCGAAGUGAUGGACGGUGAAAGUUCGGACAUGUUCGCGUACUUCAAGAUUCUCAUCCUGCGCGGUCUCAUUGCGGCACGCAAGCACUGCGACCAGAUCAUACAUCUUGUCGACGUUAUGCGGAUGGGUGGCCAGCUGGCGUGCCUGCGUAGCAGCAGCGCGGUGUCUGCGUUCCGCGCCCGCUUCCACCUCGGGCGCACGGAGCCGCAGCUGCGGGCGCUCGUGGACCGCCUCGUGCGCGACGCGCUGCACUCGCUCAGCACGCGCCUCUACGACAACUACCAGUACUACACCAACGGGAUCCUAUAGCGCGCACUGCGCCCUGCGCUGACUACCGCCGCUCAUCAGACAACACUAUGACUCACGUCUGUAGUAUCAUAUGCUCCGUAGCAUCCUCUAUUUUUACAAUCGCAGUGCUGACCGACUCGCAAUCGAGUCACUUAACUCUUAACCACUAUGUACAAUCAAUUCGAUAAUCCGUUUUCUUCUUUUUCACUUGAAAAAUACUGUAUCUUAAUAAUUUAACAAACUUCCGCUAAGCGAAUUAAUGAAAAUUUUCGUCACUACAAAAAAAUAAUCGAACUCGAACUUAUGCAUAACCACAGAUGACGUUGCGUAAAAUGAAUACAUAAGAAUUCGAAGAGAUGGUGACUUGCAUUUCUUAUUCACUUUAAAAACUAUAGCUCCAUCCAAAAUGUACACGAAUCGUUUUUGAUAUCAAAUUCAUCUAUCAUCUAUCAUAAAAUCAGUAAAUAUAAAAAAGAUAAAAUGUGAAAGAAAUGUUGAAAAAUAUUACAAUAACUUAUAAACAUUUUAACAGCAAUUCCUUGAAAAUGAUUUUAGUAAAUGAUUAUUACAUCUUCGGAGCGAACCGUAUAUAAUAAAAAGUGUGACAUGUAAUAAGUGUGGUUUAAAGAGUAAUGUAAUGUAUGGUUAUUGAAAGAAUAGAAUGAUAUAAAUUAUUGAAUCUAUAAUAAAAUUCUAAUAUUUGCUCUGUCAGGUUAUACUUUAAAUAGAUUUGUAUUAGGUUCAUAUGCAAGAGUCUGUAAAUUAGCCUUUAAUUUUUAUUAUUGUAUCAUGUAAAGAUUUUUUUUAAUGGGACUAGAAUAAUCGUUAUAUUUAUUUACUUUAACGUCUAAAUGACGUUACAGAUUUUUUUAAUUUUAGUGCCAUACCCUCCUGAGACCGAACAAUCAGAAUGGUAUGCGAAGGCUUAUCAGAUAUAAGUUAUCACGAACACACAUCACACUGAUACUUCUACACAAUUUACAUUUGUAGUAGACACUUUCGUAAAAUAUAUUUAUUUUUGCAAAAUAUUCUUUAAACAAAUAUUGUUCGUAAUUCCAAUAUUUUCAAAUAGAGAUUGUUUUAAGUUAUAUUUUAUUUUGAACAAGUAGGUUAACAUAACAUUUUUCGCUCAAUAUAAAAAAAUGGAAACACACUUUGUCCCGUCCAUUAUAGUAACUAGAAUUUCACAUAGCACUUUAAUAAAUUUCUUGAAAACUAAAAUGAACAUGAACAAGUCAAUAUUAAAACAACGCAAAAUGUUCAAGAAAUCGUACGAAAAUAUUCACUGGCUAGUUUUCUCGGUCUAUGUCCACUAUAUAUUGCAUAUAAAUUGAAACUUGAAAAUGUAAAUAUUAAGAGAUCGAUAAUUUUUGCAAUGAGAAGACUGAUUGUUUCACGGAUGAAAAGAGGUUAGAUUUAGGUUCUAUAUUGAAAUAAAUUUAAGUUUUAACAUGUACAUAUAAAAUUGUUUUUGAAUAAAUUACGAACGUGAUUUCCAAAGUUGUUCGCAGACAAUCGCCAAAAUGUCGAUAAGAGAAAGCAUGAUCUAGUUAGUAAACUAUUAUUAUUAAUAAUAAUAAAUGAAUUUAUUGUUGAUUAGAUAGGUAUGCUAAAACACCAAACCGUGUACUAAUACCAUUGUAUUUUGACUGGAAAAUGUAAAAUAGGGUUCGUUUUUCUGUCGUGCUAGAGUUUAAUAGCAAAUUUAAUACCUAAAUAUGUACAUCGAGGUAAUCGAUAAUUUUGAAUUAUCGGAAAUGUAUAGAUUCCAAAUGUCAAUGAUAUUUUUUAAUUCCGUCAAAAUUCUACAACCAUUCGGUACUUUUAAAACACUCACAAUCACAACAUUUCUGAUUCUUCCGAUGUGUACUUUCCGAAAUGACACUAUAUAGCAAAUUCGAGCGUUUUCGACAAUAAAUCUGCUGUUUGAAUUAUACUAAAACGUUCAACAAAUUUGCUUAUAUCAAAUUUUGCUUCCGUUGUAUAAUAUAAAUGACAUUGAAUAAAAUGAAAAAUGUAAGGUUUGAUUUGGAAAGUGAUGUAAAAGCUUGUGGCUUUAUGUUGUGUUUGUGUUAUAAUAUAAUAGCUUAUCCGAUGUAUUGAUUUUAAAAAUAUAUAAUGACACCAUUAAUAUGUCAUGCGUUUUGUACUCUAAGGUAUUGAAUUAAUUAAAUAUACUUUCGUUAAAAAUGAUAGUGGAAAUUCAAAAUAUCAAAAAAUUGUUUUUACAUUAUCAUUAGUUUGGUCCUCUUUCCUUUCAUUUGUAAUAUCUCAUUACGGCUAUUCAAAGUAGCUCAUUAUACUUUGAAAAUUUUAGUUAGAAUAUUUAGUUUGUAAAUAUAUUUGUUUCAUAAAAUGAUAAUGUUUGUCUUCAAAAUUAAUAAUUCAUGUUAUU